AUGGCGGCCAUCACGGCGUCUUCCGAAGAAGUCGACUCGACCCUCUUCUUCCCGCUCUGCACCUUCCUGCUGAGCGUCUACACUCUCGGCGCCUCAACCGACGUCUUAGUCUCUUGCACCGCCGCCCUCGCGCGCCGGCUGCGCGUCUCGGAGACGCUCAUUGCCCUCCUCACAGCGGGGGCAGAGUGGGAAGAGCUCGCCGUCGUGAUCGCCGCCGUCGCGCAGCACCGACAAAAACUCGCACUGGGAAACGUCCUGGGCAGCUGUGUCGCCAAUAUCCUUGGGGCAUUCUCGCUGGGCGUCUUGGCGCAGAGAAACGCCCUAGAGAAGUACGACGUCAGCGCUAGGAUUUAUGCUGUUGUUCUGUUCGGCGUCACCACUCUCGUGGCCGUGCUUUGGGGAUUCGGCAGCCUCGACGAGCAUGUCUACGGUGCUCUCCUGGUGGGCGUUUUUGCGCUGUAUCUCGCGGGUAUAACCUGGUCGGUCUAUCGUGGCGUCUUGGACGCGCCUGAGGAGGAAUCGGAUGCCGAGUCGGGGGAGGAGGGGGACGAGGAUGAGGAGGAGGAGGAUGAUGGUGAUGAUGGCUUGGACGCAGGAUCUGAUAGAGAUCCAGGUCCAGAUGUCCGACCAAGUACUAUUGGAAAUGGGACUCCUCCUCACGCCGAGGACGCGGGCGGCGAGCGGGUGGACGACGAGUCAAGUGCCUUGCUAGCCUCAAGGAAGACAACGACGACGAGGAAGCGACGGCCUUCCACUCGUCUGUUCUAUCUACUACUCAAGCUGAUCGCCGCCUUUGUCGCCCUCUCCCUCAGCGGCUACGUCCUCUCACACUCGUCCACAUCACUAGCGAAGAGCCUCCGCGUCUCUGAAACCGUGUUCGGGGCCACUUUGUUAUCUCUGGCGACUACUCUACCGGAAAAGUUUGUCGCCGUCGUCAGCGGAUACAGAGGCCAUCCAGGAAUCAUGGUGGCCAACACCGUAGGAAGCAACAUAUUCCUGCUGACCCUGUGCCUGGGCGUGACUAUCCUGAGCUCCUCGCAGAGUCUCGGCGGAGGAGGCUCGGGCUCCAGCUCCAGCAGCUACACCAACGAGGUCGUUUGGACGUGGACGUCGUCGGCGUUUUUGACCGUCAUGAUUAUACUUGGCACGCACCGUUUAAUCGGGCUGGCGAUGCUGCUCGCCUACGUUGCGUUUAUAGUCCUUGAGUUCACACUGUAUUAUAAGCCUUAA